AUGGGCUGGUCUUACACACCGAACACACUGACUGCUGACCAGGUGGAUGAUCUUUUCAGCACUCAUCUCACUUCAGAAGGGAGCAACAAGAGAGCUGCUGAGGAGACGGUUUUAUUUUCUGGAGGGACUAUCUCCAAGAUGCAGAAGGUUUCCCGGCAACAGGAUCCAGACGCGUUCAAAGACAACAGAAAAACACAGACAUACAGACAAGUAGACAACAACCAGGUUCAGAGAGAGGGAUACCUGAUAAAUGGCCUAUCUGAUGACAAUGAGUCUGUGGAUGAAGAGGACAAUGAAGUUGAUGAUGAUGCAUCAGAGGAAGAUGUUCCACGCUUACCCCGGUGGAGAACACCCCACAGUGCCAACAUCACUGAUUACACAGAAUGGCAGGCCAGCCUGCCAAAAUCAGACAAUAUCAUGUCCCCCUACGAAUACUUCAAGAUGUUUUUUUCUGAAGACCUUCUGGAAGUAGUUGUGGAGCAGUCAAAUUUAUAUGCCAUUCAGUGCACCCACAUGUUUUGGAACAAAGCCACCCGAGUGUCCCAGGUAGCUGACACCAUGGCACUAAACAGAUGGGAGUUCAUCAAAAAAUCCCUGCACUUCAACAACAACAAUCAAGUGAGACAAGGAGAAAAUGUUGACCUACUCCACAAAAUCAGACCACUGGUCACUCAUCUCACCUUGAAGCUGCAGAAAAUCCCAAUGGGUGAGAAGCUGGCUGUAGAUGAGCAGAUGGUCCCUUUCAAGGGAAGAAAUAGACUCAAGCAAUACCUGCCAUCAAAACCAAAAAGAUGGGGCUACAAGAUACUUAUCUUGGCUGGCUCUGAUGGUGUCCCGCACAAUUUUGAGAUUUACACAGGGAGAGUUGUGCAACACCCUGAGCUGCCGGAUGUAGGAGCAAGUGGCAACGUUGUCCUUCGCCUGGCCGAGCCAAUACCCACGCAGCAGAACUACAAGUUAUUCUUUGACAACUGGUUCACAAGUGUCCCUCUGAUACUCACACUAGCUCACCAGGGAAUUCACUGUACUGGUACUAUUCGUGGCAACAGACUACCGGGUGUCAACUUGAUGUGUGACGCUGAGUUGAAGAGAACAGGACGUGGGUCUUUUGAACAGAAGACGGCCAUGGUUGGGGAAACCACCUUGCAUGCUGUGAAGUGGUAUGAUAACCGUUCAGUCAGUCUGCUCAGUGACUACAUUGGUGCCCACCCAGUCACCGAGGUUGAUAGGAGAGACUGCAGCAGCACUGGGAUGAGGAGAGAAGAACAGAUGAAGCUUUAUACGUUCAAGUCGUAUAUUGCGGAAAGCCUGUGCAAAAGUGGCAAGAAUCUGGAUCGUAAGAGAGGUCGUCCCAGUUCCACAAUUGCUGGGGAGUAUGAUGAAAAGAGGAGAAGAGGACCCACCACACCCAUUCCGGUCCCAGAUGUGCGUCUGGACGCGACAGCCCACUGGAUGGUCAUGUGUGAGAAGAAAGAGAGAUGCAAGGUUCCAGGAUGCAAUGGUACACCUAAAGCCAAGUGCCAAAAAUGUGAUGUCCACCUCUGCUUCACAUCCACCAGCAACUGCUUCCUGAGGUUUCACACAGAAUAA